UUUGUCAUUUGGGUUUAACCAAAAGAUUCUAAUAUUAACUGAAAGUCUUUCUCGCCAUGCUAAGCAGUCCCCUGCAGCGCUCCUGAGCUCUGGAUGGUCUCAUCUGGAUGGGAAGAAAGGUUUGCCCUUAAUUCAAGCUAAAACGUCAUGGAGACAAGGGCUGCUGUCAGAGGGAGACUCUAACCCAGCAGGCUGAAGAAAGGACCCACAGGCCAGUGAUCAGGGGCUCGGCUCAGCGCGAAGGCAGGACAAUGGCCAGGGACAAUAUCUAUGCGAACAUGCAGAUGACGGAAGCUGCUCCCCAGCCCAAAGGAAACCCUCCCAAGACAUCGGUCCCUUGGCGGCACGGGGCAGGGGGCAUCAUCGUCACUGCUGUCCUUCUCCUCCUGGGUCUGGCCCUGGCCAUGUCCCUCCUUGCUGUGACACUUCUAUAUCUCCGGGCACAGAGCAAGCUGCAAGCGGUUGAAGAAGCGGUGCAGAAGCUCCAAGUCUCUCUGCAGCCUGACGACGCCUCGGACGCGUCAGCAAAGGGUUCAGACAGUCUGCAGCUAUUGGAUGAAGCGCAGGCAGGAGUCCAGAAGCUGAAAGCCCAGCUGGGUUACGUACUGACAAAGCUCCCCAGGGACUGGAGGUUUUACGGUGGGAACCUCUAUUACUUUUCACAAGAAAAGAAGCCGUGGGAUGAGGCCGAGCGGUUCUGUGUGUCUCAGGACUCACACCUGACCUCUGUCUCCUCCCAUGCAGAACAGGUGUUUCUCUCCAACGAGACCAAGGGACAAAAUCACUGGAUUGGACUCACCGACCGGGAGACAGAAGGCAGCUGGCGCUGGGCGGAUGGCACAGAAUACAGAGCAGACGCAAGCAGGGGGUUCUGGGCGGAGAACCAGCCAGACAACUGGCAUCAGGGGAUUGGAGGCAGAGAAGACUGUGUUGAGAUCCGUCCAAUCUACCGGAAUUCGUGGAAUGAUGUCAACUGCACUGAGCCUUUCAGGUGGAUUUGUAAGCAGGCCCAUGAACCAGCUGGGAUAUGACAUGCAGGUCCCAGCACCUCAGAAAGCCACCUUAAUUUUCGAGCUAGAAUAUUUCCCAGCCACCUGCCGAUGAGGAGCUUUGGGCACUGGAGGGGGCUGCAUGGGAUGUGCAUCGCAGGGAUGCUUUGUCUUGCUGUGAUAUUUCUGGCUGUGGCAGCAACAGCUGCCCAUAUGCCACUCAGUGUGGCUGGCUCUGUAAUUUGUAUGUUUCCAGGUCUGUCACUGAAUAAAAUCCUUGGAUCGUGGAGUUAUUGUUUCACAAU